GCAAUUCCAGUUCUCGCCGGGGACUCGCUUUUUCCCUACGUCAGCGGUAGCGAGCGCGAAGUCGGGAGCGAGCUCGGACAAAUAGCGUCAGUGGCGAGCGCGUGUUCGUCCCCGGGCGCGCGCGUCCCUGCCAGCUCUGGGGCCCCGGCGGGGUUGGGGAGGGAUGGAGCGGACGGCGGCAGGAGCGACCGAAUGCUGAGCAAUGGAACCUGCGGAAUCGGCCGCGAUGGGAUCCCGCGCGGGCUCGCCCUUUGGGACACUCCGCUUCCAGUGGCUGCUGUUGUUGGGCUUGGUGGGCCCAGUCCUCAGCUGGGCGCGGCCAGGCUUUCAACAGACCUCACAUCUCUCUUCUUAUGAAAUUAUAACUCCUUGGAGAUUAACUAGAGAACGAAGAGAAGCCCGUAGGCCCUACUCAAAACAGGUAUCUUAUGUCAUUCAAGCUGAAGGAAAAGAGCAUAUUAUCCACUUGGAAAGGAACAAAGACCUUUUGCCCAAAGAUUUUGUAGUUUAUACCUAUAACAAGGAAGGGGCUCUGAUCUCUGACCAUCCUGAUAUACAGGACCAUUGUCAUUAUCGGGGCUAUGUGGAAGGAGUUUAUGAUUCAUCCAUUGCUCUUAGUGACUGUUUUGGACUCAGAGGAUUGCUGCAUAUAGAGAACGUGAGUUAUGGGAUUGAACCCCUGCAAAACAGCUCUCAUUUUGAGCACAUCUUUUAUCGAAUGGAUGAUAUCCGCAAAGAGCCUCUGAAAUGUGGGGUUUCGAACAAGGACACAGAAGCAGAAACAACCCAGGACGAAGAGGAAGAGCCUCCCAGCAUCACUCAGCUGCUUCGAAGAAGAAGAGCUGUGCUGCCACAAACCCGCUAUGUGGAGCUGUUCAUUGUUGUAGACAAGGAAAGGUAUGACAUGAUGGGGAGAAAUCAGACUGCAGUGAGAGAAGAGAUGAUUCGUUUAGCAAACUACUUGGAUAGUAUGUAUAUUAUGUUAAAUAUUCGAGUUGUGCUAGUUGGACUGGAGAUUUGGACAAAUGUAAACCUGAUCAGCACAGUUGGUGGUGCUGGUGAUGUGUUGGGGAACUUUGUACAAUGGCGGGAAAAGUUUCUUAUAACACGUCGGAGACAUGACAGUGCACAGCUAAUUCUGAAGAAAGGUUUUGGUGGGACUGCAGGAAUGGCAUUUGUGGGAACAGUGUGUUCAAGGAGCCACGCAGGCGGGAUUAAUGUGUUUGGGCAAAUCACAGUGGAGACAUUUGCAUCUAUUGUUGCUCAUGAGUUGGGUCAUAACCUUGGAAUGAAUCAUGAUGAUGGGAGAAAUUGUGUUUGUGGAGCAAAGAGCUGCAUUAUGAAUUCAGGAGCAUCAGGUUCCAGGAACUUCAGCAGUUGCAGUGCAGAGGACUUUGAGAAGUUAACUUUAAAUAAAGGAGGAAACUGCCUUCUUAAUAUUCCCAAGCCUGAUGAAGCCUAUAGUGCUCCCUUCUGUGGCAAUAAGUUGGUGGACCCCGGGGAAGAGUGUGAUUGUGGUUCUCCAAAGGUCAGUUGAAUGUUUGCUUUCUGCUUUGUUACAUUCCUUCAGGGUUUGCAGAAAAUAAAAUAGCUUGCUGUGGGCAACUGUGGCACAGGAGCUAAAUUUCUUCCAGGAGGUACUUUAUGUAGAGGAAAAACCAAUGAAUGUGAUGUUCCAGAAUAUUGCAAUGGUACUUCUCAGUUCUGUCAGCCAGAUGUUUUUAUUCAGAAUGGAUAUCCUUGCCAGAAUAACAAAGCCUAUUGUUACAACGGCAUGUGCCAAUAUUAUGAUGCUCAGUGUCAAGUCAUCUUUGGCUCAAAAGCCAAGGCUGCCCCAAAAGAUUGUUUCAUUGAUGUGAAUUCUAAAGGUGACAGAUUUGGCAAUUGUGGCUUCUCUGGUAAUGAAUACAAGAAGUGUGCCACUGGAAAUGCUUUGUGUGGAAAACUUCAAUGUGAGAAUGUCCAAGACAUGCCUGUAUUUGGAAUUGUGCCUGCUAUUAUUCUGACCCCCAGUGGAGGCACCAAAUGUUGGGGUGUGGAUUUUCAGCUAGGAUCAGAUGUUCCAGAUCCUGGGAUGGUGAAUGAAGGCACAAGAUGUGAUGUUGGGAAGAUCUGUAGAAAUUUCCAAUGUGUAAAUGCUUCUGUUCUGAAUUAUGACUGUGACAUUCAGAAGAAGUGUCAUGGACAUGGGGUAUGUAAUAGCAAUAAGAAUUGUCACUGUGAAAAUGGCUGGGCUCCCCCAAAUUGUGAGACUAAAGGAUACGGAGGAAGUGUGGACAGUGGACCUACAUAUAAUGAUAAGAAUACUGCACUGAGGGAUGGACUUCUAGUAUUCUUCUUCUUAAUUGUUCCCCUUAUUGUGCUUGCUGCUUUUGUCUUCUUCAAGAGAAAUCAACUACGGCAAAGCUGCUUCAGAAAGAAGAGAUCACAAACAUAUGAGUCAGAUGGAAAAAAUCAAGGAAAAGUCUCUAGACAACCAGUGAGUGUUCCUCGACAUGUUUCUCCAGUGACUCCCCCCAGAGCAGCUAAUGCAUAUGAAAACAGAUUUCCUGUACCAACAUAUGCAGCGAAGCAGCCUCAGCAGUUCCCAUCAAGGCCACCUCCACCCCAACCAAAAGUAUCAUCUCAGGGAAAUUUAAUUCCUGUUCGUCCUGCUCCUGCACCUCCUUUAUAUAGUUCCCUCACUUGAUUGUUUUACCUUUCCUUUUGCCGAUAUCUUCAGGGAAGCUAAUAGUUUUUUUCCUGAUAUUUUCUUGAAAAUCCUUUCCUCCUGCUGCAACUAUGAAUGAAAAUAAAACACCACAAAACAAACUUUGUUAACACAGAAAAACAGAAAUUGAGUAAUGGGAAUUGAGAAAUAUAAGAAGUUCAACGAAGUCAGGGAAUUUAGAAUAACAUUUUCAUUUCUGUCACUGAAUAAGUUGUAUUCAGUCAUCUGUGAAGUUAAUGUGUCUAACAUGGAUUGUUGUUAUUUUGAACAUGUUACUGUAAUAAUCCUCAAAUUAACUGUAUUGGUUAAAUUUUGUCAUUAUAUGCUUAAAUGUAAUUAUGAAGUUUGAUCUUAGUUAUCAUUAAUGUAGUUUCAGGUUGAACAUGUGAUCAUCUAAUACCUGUGAAACUGAUUAAUUUACUGCCAAUAAUGCAUAAUAUUUUUCAUCUUGCACAGACUAAUAAUCAUCAUAUGCUAGAUUCUUGAAUAAAAGUUUAUUCUGUUUUCAAAAGAAUGCACAAAUGCCACAAUUAAGGUCCAUAAUAUUUUUAAGUACAAAAUACACUAAAGGUAUAUAUGUGUGUAUUCACACACAGUCAUCUUCCACGUUUAUGAUCAUUCUAUAGAUAAGUGAUUCUAUGGAUUCUGUGGAUAAUAGAGUCUAUGGAUCUAUCUAUGGAUAAUGAAUAUUAGAAAAAUUAAUUUAAUAGAAUUCUAUUGUGAAUCAUGUUAAAACAUGACAUCCUUUUACAAUAGCAUUAUUUUAAUAAAGUAUAAACCUUAAGGUACGAAGUAUUUAAUAGAACUAAUCAGAUAAAUGCUGUUGAUUCAUGGCUGUAUAAAGCAGGAACAAUUGUAUGUUCAAUCAAUUGAGCUGUUAUAAAACCACUUGAUAAUUUCAUGAGCACUUUAAGUGUAAAAUCUGAAACUUUAAAGCUUGCUUUUAAUAUAAUUUAGAAUGUUUACAUUUACUAAAGUGUGCUGGAACAGGUCUCUCUUGACACUAAUAUUUUCAAAGGAAUUAGGCUAGAGAAAGGAAGAAAAGGUUUUCUUAAAUAAGUGCAAAAAUGUUACGUGGUGUCUGAGUUAU